UUGAACACCGAUGAAGUAGCAUAGUGUUAAACGCCGUGCGAUUGGUUGAUUGAUUGAUUGGUUCAGUUGUAAUUCCCGACAAGUCGAGUAUCACUGUGGAAUCGCAAAUAUAGGCAAAUACUCAUUGCGAGUCGGGGAAAUGGGAGUCAACUACAAGGAAGGAUUAGAGCAAGUUUGUCAUCUGUGAAAAGCAACGUGCGCUAGCCAGUUUUCCAAGAGCUGGCAGGAGCGUCUGACGGGCGUCCCCAGGAGCGCGCCCGGCCGGCGCUCCAGUCACCAUGAUCGUCAGCGCUCCCAGCGAGACGGAGCCGGCCGCAGCGGCCGCCGGCAGUCCCGCGCCGGGCGGCUCGGCCGGCCGCCGCGACAGCGAGGAACCGGCGCCCCUGAGCGCUCCGCGCACCAAGGGGCUGCUCAGCUGCUCCUCGUGCGACCUGGAGCUGCUGCACGGAGAGCACACGCCGCGGCUGCUGCCCAGCUGUCUGCACACAGUGUGCAGCAGCUGCGCCGGCAAUCUCAGCAGCAACCCUGACGGGUUCCAGUGCCGCCUGUGUAUGACCACGUCAGCCGAGGUGCUCGAUCAUCCCCUGGUGGAAGAGCUGCUGCAACGGGAGCACGUGCAACAGUGCAGCCGGCUGUGCGGCCAGUGCGGAGAGCGGGGCCGAGAGGCGAUCGCUGCCGGCGCCUGUGCAGAAUGCUGCACAGAGCUCUGUCAGGAUUGUAUUGAGGCACAUAAUCAAACAAAGCUGACGUGGGACCACUCAAUAACGGCCUACAAUGACGACUCGGCGCACCAGCGAUGUCCUGAACACCGCAAAGCGUACGACAACUACUGUGAUACAUGUCAAACGGUGGGCUGUGGCGACUGCAUCCUCUCCUCUCACCGAUCUCACAAGUCGUCCACUCUCGAACACAAGCAGGCAGAGGUCAAGGCGCAGCUCACCAAUCGCCUCGAUCGCACCAGGAAGCAGCGGAAACAGCUCGACGAGCAGCGAACGCAGCUUCGGCAGCGUAUUGGAGAGGCGAAAGCGGCGAAGGAGUCAAGUGUCAAUGACAUCAUCGCUGCCCAUGAUGCCUACCAGGAGAGGCUGCGGUCGUUCUUCACCGAGCAGCUCCGGCUGACGCAGGUCCACUACGACAACUACACCAGCGAGCUGGACAUGCGGCUCACCAAGACGGAGCUGGUGGACCUGCGGCUGGCGCACCUGGACAGCUUCACCGAGCACCUGAUGGAAAAGGCGCGGCCCUCCACCGUCAUUGGAAACGCCAGGCAUGUGUUGGAUCUAUCCAAGCGGUUACAUAGAGUGAACCUCGCACCCGAAAAGGAUCGAAAACUCCCAGAUGUACGCAUGAAACGCUUCCUUGGCAUGGAUAGUAUCAACGACAUGAUGGGUUACCUGCUCUACGACGGUGACCGCUGCCUCCAGGAGAGCAAGAGGAACGAGCUGUGCAACGCCGUCGGCAAGAUCAUGCUGUUCUUCUCCAAGAAACACUUUCACAAGAACACCGACUUCGGCGUGCAGCUGCUGGAUGAUUUGUUCAGCGCCCUGAACGAGGUGCCUGCGGGUGGCUUGAGACCGGACAUGUACGACUGUGUAUGGCGGGCUUAUAGCACCCUGAAGGCUAAGCACGGCUACUCGGCGCAGGUAGCGCGACGCCAGCAGACACCCGCGCCCGCCGGCCCCACUCCUAGUCCUGCGCCCGGCGCCCAUCAGCCGCCUCCCUACGGGUCCGGCAUGGCGCAGCAGGUGCCGUACCAGGGUCAGAUGGCGCAGCAGCAGCACUACUCGCAGCAGUACCCUCAGCAGGAGAUGCAGUUCCAGCAGCAGCAGCAGCAACAGCAGCAACAACAGCAGCAGCAGCAGCAGCAGCAGCAGCAGCAGCAGCAGCAGAACAUGCAGCAGCCGGCUUACGCGGCCCCAGAUGGGAUGGGCGGCUACGAGAACCACAGUACUCUGAUGGAUCAGUUGCGGAUGAGAGUGGAAUCCGACCCGAACUGGUUGUCAUCUGUCCUCCCCCAGCAGCCAAUUCUGCAGCAACAGCAGCAGCAGCAGCAGCAACAACAACAACAACAUCACGCACAGCACCAGCAACAGCAAUACAUCCACCAUCCGCAACAGCAGCAGCAGCAACAGCUUCCCCGGCAUCAUCGGCAGGAUCAGUCUCAGUACAACCAGCAACAGCAGUACGUCCAACAGCAGCAGCAGCAGCAGCAGCAGCAGCAGCAGCAGCAUCAUCAUCGUCUCCGCCCCCCGCAGCAGCUAUCGCCGCACCAGCCGCUCGGACAGCUGGCGAAUAUGGUCAGACGCUCCUCCCAGCAGACGCCGCCUUUGCAGCAGCAACAGCAGCAGCCUCAGCGGUCGCCGGCCGCGGCAUCCGUCCCCCAGACCUCCCCGGCACAGCGACCGCCCUCGUCCGGGCCAGCACCGCCCCGGGUGACACCCAUCCAGCAGAAUAACCCCACACUCUCCUCGCUGAUCGACGACGUGACAGUGGUGACCCCGCCCGGUGACCUGACAGCGCCGGGCGUCACCCCCGCCCCCUCCCCGGCGGCUGCAGCCCCUCCCCAGCCGUCGCCGCGAGCGCCUGCUGCGUCUCCAGGACUGCAGCGGUCGCCUGCGCCGUCAGAGCCGCGGCUGACUACUGGUGUGGACCCAGCGCCGGGGGUGAGGGCGGGUCACCGCUCGCCUCCACGGCCGACGCCCGAGUUCUCGCUGCAGCAGCAUCUGAAGGUGCCGCUCGGAAGGAAACGGACACUCCCAGAAGAGGAACAACACGAACAGAACCCGCCGAUGGCGGAAGGACAACAACCAGCGACAGCACACCAGUCGUCUGAGGCACCGUCCAAGUCCCGGCGGGCCUCUGGUGACCUCAGCCACUCCUCUCGCGGCCCCCAAUCGUCCGACACCGCCGCUCCAGAGGUCAUCGACUGCGACGAGCCGGCAUCGGAGACGGCAGACGACAGCGGGCUCUCCUCACUGGUGAUCACGGAGACCUUCUCCCUGGAUACUGGUGACGGACUGGUGGUGGAUGAUGCACCCGUAAACGGCGGCAGUUCACACCAGAAGCAGCUGGAUAGAACGCUGGAUGCCUUUCACCGUCGGCGUCAGUUCAACCGGAGGCUUUCAGUCACUCGAGCUACUGGACUCUCCUCGGAGACGAAUGAUGAGAAUUCUGCCGGGCAAGCAACAGCGCCAUCUGCAAACUCUGAUACAUCCGAGACUGAGGGAAAUCGACACACGACCAAUGUUCAGUCCAACAAUCCAGCUACGUCAAAAUCAGCUCGUCCGGUGAUAUCCAAAGAGAUGGACGGGCCAGCCAAGAAUGAAGAGUACCGACCUGCCCCGUCCAGGCCCGCGCCCCCGAUGGUUGUCAUCCACGGAGGACCUGCGAGUGCGUCGGCGACCAGCCCGCUCCAUCCACGGUCUCUCCACUCGCCGAUCGAGUCGCAGAGCGAGGUCGGCGGUAGGACUCGGGAUAAACACGGCGAGAAGCGCAGGAUAGAUUCGGGAAACGGCGAGUCUGAGAGGAAGAGGUAUCGUAGUGGCGAGAGGCUCGGAGACAGAGAGCAGGCGGGCGGCGAGACCCACCGGCGGCAGCAGCAUCAGCCGAGACAGCCAGCGGCGGCGGGCCGGGAGCCGAGGCCGGCGCCGUCUCAGAAGGAGAAUCAGAGGGUGCCCAAAGUGGGCCUCAGUGAGUGGGAGAAGACCCCGUCGGCUGGGAAACUGCUACCAAGUCCGCCCGACCGCACUGCACCACCCGCCACAGAUCCCCCGGUCGGCCGAGGGUCUCAGCGUGGCCGUGGCCGCGGUCGAGGUCGGGGUCGGGGCCGGGGUCGCGGUGGCGGUCGGGAUGGAUCCAGCCUCCCAGUGGACCUGAUGCCACAGCGGCCGACGGACACCCCGCCGAACCGGUUCAUGUUGAACCGACCGUCGGGCGGUCAGCCGGCCGGCGGUGUUCCCGCUCCUCGCCGCCCCCAGCAGCCCGAGUCGGCUGCGCCCCGGCCUCCCGUGGCGACCCGGGUCCGCCCAGCCAACCCCACCUGGAACCACCAUACGAGCGCCGGUAAACCGCGCGGUCGGGGCCGCGGCCAGGCCCGCAGCGAGGCCGUGGAACCCGACUAUAUCGCCUGGACGGCGUCACCAGAGCCGGAGCCGGCGGCGGACGAGGCGGCCGAACCGCCGCCGGUGAGUGUCGCCGGCUCGCCGAUUACGUCACCGAUGGCGUCACCGAGCCGCCCGUCGAUGGCGUCACCGACGCACCAAACGAUUACGUCACCGACAGGUGGAGAGGAGCCGAUCGCUGAGGAGAGUGAGGCCGGUAGCGAAGAUCAUGAGCCGGUACCAGCCAAACCAGACUCUCCCGCUCUCACCACUGAACAGCUGAUCCUGCGCAACUGCGCGCCCAAGGAGCACUCGAGCCGCGCUAGCUCCACCGAGGAGCGCUCCUCGACCGAGUACGACCUCAUCGAUAUCGUGCUCUGCGUCGAGGAACCCGAGGAGGACCCGCGCGCCUCGCUCGUGCGCUCGGCUACCUCCAGCCCGCUCUUCAGCGAUGCCACUGACACCCUCGCGUCAGUCGCAGCCGGCAAGGAUGGACAGGGUAUGGAGGGUGGUCAGGGCACAGGAGAGGUCCCGGAGGUCACUACUGCUACUGCGGCUAAACCGACCUGUGAUGCGGCGAAAUCAGCCUGUGAUACAGCGAAAUCGGUGCCUUCUGCGGCGAAGCCAACGUCAUGUGAUGCGGCGAAGCCAGCGCCUGCAGCGUCCACCGCGAGAGAAGCAUCCUGUGAUACGGCGGUGAGGUCGACUGGUGAUGCGGCAAAACCGGCCGGCGAUACGGCGAACUCAUCUGGUGAUGCGGCAAAAUCAGCGCCGUCUGAGGCAAAGUCAACGUCUUCUACAACGAAGCCGGCGUCACCGGCGAAAGCUGCGACAAAGCCAGCACCUGCUGUGGAAAAACCGUCCUGCGAUGCGGCUCAGUCAGCCGAUGACAGGACAAAAUCGGCGACUGCUGCGGCUAAAUCAACGCCACCUGCAACGAAACCAGCUUCACAGGUGAAAGCUGCGACAAAGCCAGCUCCCACUUUGGAAAAAACCGGCAUGUGGUCCGGCGAAACCAGCUGAUGAUGCCUCAGAAUCGGCGCCCUCUGCGACGAAGCCUGCUUCACCGGUGACUGCUGCGACAAAGCCAGCUCCCACUGUGGAAAAACCGUCCGGUGAUGCGGCGAAACCAGCUGGUGAUACCUCAGAAUCGGCAACGUCUGCGGAAAGGUCAACGCCUUCUACGACGAAACCGGCUUCACCGGUGAAAACUACGACAAAGCCAGUGUCUGCUCCCGAAAAACCGGACUCUGAUGCUGGAAAACCAUCCCACGAUGCAGCAAAGUCGCAAGAUGCUGCGUCAAAACCACCGCCUGCUGCGACGAAACCAGUCUGUGAAACGAUUAAAUCGACUACUCCUGCACAACCGGCUUCUCCUCCGACGAAGCAAGUGCCUGCCGAGGCAGCGGCUGGCAAUGCGCCUGCUGUACCGGCCCCAAUGGUCUCCGAGGAAGGCGAGCCAGAAAAGGUCAGAAGUUCGCCUCAAAAGCAGGACACGAUUCGGUUUACCCCCGAAAAGGCAGCAGGGAGCACCCCGGCUCAUCAAGCGGUGAAGACCACUACUGCUACACAACAAGUUGCAGUCGCCGCCACGGCGGUAGAACAAAGCAAGCAGAUUGAUAAGGAGACAAGUGUUACCAGUGGUACCAAAGAAACCGGCAGAUCUUCCCCGGUAGUCGAGAAGGCAAAGGCCACUCAGAAGACUACGGACCAAGCUACUACGGGUACUAAGAGAGCGGGUGAGGACAUAUCGCCCGCUGCAAAGAAGACGGAUACAGGGAAAGUCGCAGCUGUUUCUAAGGACACUGAAACAGUAAAGAAGACACCCACUGUCACCCAGAGUGCUGAUACUGAGAGGGCUUCCGCAGCUGGCAAGGUAGCUGAUACAGAGAAAGCCUCAACUGCCCAUAAAAAGGCGGAGACAGAGAAGGCCAAGGAUGGUGAAAAGAAAGCACGGUCUGAGAAGACCGCUAGCAGCUCUGGGGAUGUAGCGAAAGAGAAGGAGAAGUCCUCGACGGUUUCCAAGGGAGUAGAAACAAAGUCGACCCCGACAACUUCAAACAAAGUUCAAGCUGAGAAGGCAUCUGCGGUCACCAAGAAGUCAGACUCUGAAAAGGCCGUGACUGCUCCGAAGAGUGCUGAGACGAAGAAGACCUCCACGGCACCAGAGGCCGUAUGCAGGGAGAAGACCAGCUCUAGUGGGAAGCCUGCUUCUGAGAAGUCCGAGGGUACACAUUCACAUCAUAGGAAGUCAGAAAAGAGUCCCACUCAUGCUAGGAAGCACGAGUCUGAGAAAACCAAAUCCACCGAGAAGCAGGUAGACAAAGAGUCAUCAGUCCGGAAGGAUUCAGGCAAACAUCAGAACGUCAUGAAAUCUAGCAAGGACCAAGGGGAAAGCCAUAAACCUUCUGAGGCUAAGGAUAAGGAAAGAAAACAUUCGGGAAGUUCGAGAAAACAGGACCAUGUAACAGAAAGUGCCAAGGAGGUAGACCACUCAAAGACGGUCUCCAAGGAAACUGGAGUGACGAACAACGCUCCAAAACGCGCCGACCAAUCAAAACAGUCCUCGGCGACUCCCGCGACCAAACCUGCGUGUCCCACUCGACCGCCGCCGCCAGCCACACCACCUUCUGCAGCGGCCAAUGGACGGGACACCACUUCCUCUCCCAAUAAACCUAGCGCCGCAUCGGAGCCGCCAUCGAAGUCGUCACUGCCGACACCUCCUCCGGCUCAGACACCUCCUCCUGCGCAGACUCCGCCACCUCCGCCGACGACCCCACAGCCUGCGGACGGAGUGUCUGGCUCUCCAAAGCGCGCUAGCGGCCAUCUUGCCGUGGAGUUUUGCGUGCUCUGCUGGUCGGACAGCGGGCAGCUGGUGACCUGUGGUCCGUGCGGCCGGGCCUUCCAUCGUGCCUGCUACAUCGGAAAGCUGCCAGGCGAUCUGAGCGACCAGUGGCAGUGCUCGCUGUGCGUCCCUGCGCCGGUCCUGCCGUCGCCUCUCGCCGCCGGCUCCAGCUCCGGGCUGGGGGAUCAGGAGGCGGCCGUGGCACGGCGUCUCCUCGCCGAGCUUUUCACGGCAUUCUACCCAUCCAUCCACUUCCAGUGUCUGGAGAGUAUGGCGUUGAAAAAGAGUCAACGGAGUUACACACGUGCGUGGCUAAAGAUCAUCUCGACCGAAGUGAAGCCUCUGAUUGAAAAGGGCCUCACCAGGCAGAAUGCCUACCAUGCCGGCGUCCUUCAUGUCUGCCAGCGGUACAAGAGGAUGCCACAGUUCCGUGGCAUCGCGCGUCCGCCAGCCCUCGACAAAAUCAGGGAGCGCCUGCUCUCGAAUGGGUUCAGCAGCUUCCCAGAGUUUAUCUCCGCGCUAAGGAAGCUGAUCGCCCAAAACCCGAGCUUACAGAAAGAGCCGCCUGUGCACAAGCAUUUGAGGCGACUGGAGAAUGUAUUUGAAGACAAUCUUCAGAAGCUGAUCCCAGACUGGCGUGCCGUCCUGGACAAACAGACAGUGGCCUGAACAGCUUUGGGGGCGACGUGGAGCUGAUAUGCCAUCGGUGCUGUCCUCUGCAGUGCAGCGGCUUCACAAAAUACUUAGUUUCCUCGUCUCGGUGGCUUCAGUAACAGCGACCGAUACUUGGUAGCAGCUUCCAGGAAUAUCUCUUACUUUUCAACCGGAGCUUCCGUCGUCUUGCCAAGUGAACGAAACUUCACACUAACUGUCGUAAGGAACAACCUUGGCUGUUCCGAACUGAUGAGAAACUGACGCCUCUGAAAUCGGUGAUCUGAUCAGGAUCUGAACGGACAUGAACAAGGUACGAAGAUGAGGAACUCGAAGCCACAAACGCGCACAAAACCCACCGAGCAGCCGGGUCCAGCCGUGCUGGCUGUACUGCAGGUGCUACUCCCGGUGGAAGUGUCGUCCACCGCUGUUCCGCCGCGAACUGCGAGUUAUAUUGUGUUGAAAAUAACAGACGUGAUAGUCAGGAGCGCCAAGUCGUGGCUUGAUCCGAGCGCCGUUCCGACCCACCCCGUUGCAGCAGCAGUGUCUAUAGGUCUCACGAACAGCUCUUCUGAAAGGUGACGGAACUGGCGUCCAGAGUAGCUGAGCUGAAUGGAACAUUGAGCACCCCACUGCUGCUGGCGGCGGGUCGGACGGCCUCGGCAGCCGACUGAUGAAAAUGUGCACAAAGCCAGGAACAAUGUGAGGGUAUUUCUGUUGUUAUAAUGCUCAGCGCUGGUGCUGUGAUUGGGCCGCUGCUGGCUGCCGUUUUGUACCGUGCUUUUGCUACUGAUGUUCGUGCUGAAGUGUCAGUGUUGCGGAGAAAUGUCAAUCGCGUACUGUAGUGUAUUUAUUUCAUGUGCCAUGAUGUCGGAAGACGCGCUGGGUGGUUACCUAGUCGGCAAUAAGCUCUUGCCGUGUAGGCUGCGGUCGUAGUGACUUACCCAGCCUUGUCGAGAUAUUACCGCUAUGUUGAGGUGCUCAAGGGCGUGCAAAGACCACUCCCCACUGGCUGCAGACAGAGACGGGUCCGCUGUUGGCAGCGAUUGCUGCACGUGCCACCAAUUUCUCACAAAUACCUCAUUGCCGGCACAUCAGCAGACGUGUCGGUCCAAAUUCCGAGCGAACGCUCAGCCUUGCACGGUAAACGAUGUUGGUUUACUAGUCAGCCGUUCAGUGGUGCCGUGACGCCCACUCGAGGAUCAUGCGCCAGUGCCAGGAAGUCGGUUCUUGCACAGCCGCUGUGAUAUUAGCCAAGGACAUGAUUUGCGUUGUAGUUGUCGUUUUUUACUUGUGAUUGUGUGUUGAUCGUGAAGUGGCAUUUUGUGUGUGCUCUGCGAUUGUCGCUCGAUGGAAAGGCCCCGGUGCACAAAAGUUGGGCCGAUUGUGCUGGUGAUCGCUGACAAUGCCGAAAUCUCGAGAGAACCUUUUUUCAUGACGAGGGCCAUUCAGUUGAUGCAUUUUGCAUCUCUGAAAUACAUUGGUGCCCCGA